GUAGUUCCGGCAAUGCUUGGUCGCGUCGCCUAAAAAUAGCGCCCCGUGAGUAUCCGUCCGCCGGUGUCAGCCUCAGUUGGGGAGGCGGCAGUGGAGGAAGAAGACGACGAAGAAAACGGAGGGAGGAAGGAAGGAAGGAGGCGGCUGACGGGUUUUGGCAGCAACACGCUGAACAGACUGUGGCUUUAGUCCAGAGAGAACUGACUACCAUGCGCUAGGACACAGAGUUUGCAGAUUGUUUUACUUGAGUGCUUCUGGAUUAUAAAGAGGGAAACAGUGAAAAUGGGGAGGAAGAAAAUACAGAUCACGAGAAUAAUGGAUGAACGAAACAGACAGGUGACCUUUACAAAAAGGAAGUUCGGAUUAAUGAAGAAAGCCUACGAACUGAGCGUGCUCUGUGACUGUGAAAUAGCGCUCAUCAUUUUUAACAGUUCUAACAAACUCUUUCAGUAUGCCAGCACAGAUAUGGACAAAGUUCUUCUCAAAUACACGGAGUACAACGAACCUCACGAGAGCAGAACCAACUCGGACAUUGUUGAGACGUUAAGAAAGAAAGGCCUCAAUGGUUGUGAGAGCCCUGAUGCUGACGAUUACUUUGAGCACAGUCCGCUGUCGGAGGACAGAUUCAGCAAACUAAAUGAAGAUAGUGAUUUUAUUUUCAAGCGAGGCCCUGCUCUGAACAAGAAGGAAAACAGAGGGUGCGACAGCCCAGACCCUGACACUUCCUAUGUGCUCACGCCACAUACAGAAGAAAAAUAUAAAAAAAUUAAUGAAGAGUUUGAUAAUAUGAUGCGGAAUCAUAAAAUCGCACCUGGCUUGCCACAGCAGAACUUCUCGAUGUCCGUCACCGUUCCCGUGUCCAGCCCCAACACUCUCACCUACAGCAAUCCCGGGAGUUCCCUCGUUUCCCCAGCGCUGGCUGCAAGUUCGACCUUGACAGACACCACCUUGCUGAGUCCCCCUCAGGCCACGUUGCAUCGAAACGUCUCUCCUGGAGGGCCUCAGAGGCCACCGAGCACGGGCAGCGCAAGUGGCAUGAUAUCUACGGCAGAUCUCUCGGUGCCAAAUGGAGCCGGUUCUAGCCCAGUGGGAAAUGGUUUUGUGAACUCGCGAGCUUCGCCAAGCUUGCUUGGCAGCACCGGCAGUGGGAAUAACUUAAACAAAGUGAUGCCCACAAAGUCCCCACCUCCCCCUGGCGGGGGCAACCUAAACAUGAACAAUCGGAAACCAGAUCUCCGCGUCGUCAUCCCUCCAUCUAGCAAAGGCAUGAUGCCUCCUUUGAACACCCAACGGUUAAGUAGUUCACAGUCGACGCAGCCUCUCGCCACGCCGGUCGUGUCAGUGACAACGCCGAGUUUGCCCCCGCAGGGACUGGUUUAUUCUGCCAUGCCAACAGCGUACAAUACUGAUUACUCCUUGACGAGCGCAGACCUGUCAGCCCUGCAGGGAUUUAACUCCCCGGGCAUGCUGUCAUUAGGACAAGUAUCUGCCUGGCAACAGCACCACCUAGGACAGGCAGCCCUCAGCUCUCUCGUGGCUGGAGGCCAGUUAUCUCAGGGUUCCAGUUUAUCCAUCAACACCAACCAAAACAUCAACAUCAAGUCUGAACCGAUUUCACCUCCUAGAGACCGCGUGACCCCGUCCACGUUCGCACAGCAGCAACAGCCGCAACAGGCGCAGCAGCAACAGCCUCUGCAACAGGCGCGCCAGGAGAUGGGCCGCUCUCCCAUUGACAGUCUCAGUAGCUCCAGCAGUUCGUAUGACGGCAGCGACCGGGAGGACCCGAGGAGCGACUUCCAUUCCCCCGUCGGCCUGGGGAGACCCCCAAAUUCAGAAGACAGAGAGAGCCCGACAGUCAAGCGCAUGCGAAUGGACGCCUGGGUGACAUAAACUGCCUUGUCCCCCCUGCUCCGUUUCUACCUUUGAGUUCUACGAACAGUCCUGACAUAUCUAAAUUAAUAAAAUAAGGGCGCAAAAGGAAUAUUUAUAUGUAUAUACAUACAUGCAUAUAUAUAUCUUUGUAUACAUAUAUAUGUGUGAGUGUGUAGCGAGACACAAAAAUCAGCAGGCACUUAAUAACAAACUCCUUGUGUAGCUACAGAUGCCCUGUGGUUCAACAAGAAAAAGAUAUAUAUUUUUCUUGUGGUUCAACAAGAAAAAGAUAUAUAUAUAAACAAAAGAAUCCUCAUAGGUAUUGGUCUAGUCCGGCUGUUACCUGGGACUCGUUCCUUGAGAAUAAUGUAACCCGUUUUGCAAAAGAAACGUCAUACCCCAUAUAUAAUCCUACCAAACUAGAGGGCAGAACCGUGAGGGCUCGCCUGUUGUAGUUGUUCCUGUGUGUGUUUUCCAACGCCGUCUGGUUCCCCGUAGUCCGCUUUGUAGCAGCAGAGCAGUAUGAAAAGAAAGCAAUAUUGUACAUAGAACAACCUUUAUAUUACCCAAUCUAGCAUGGAGAAGGGCUGGCAUUAGUUUUAAAAAAAAUAAACACCCAAUUUUUGCACAUGCAAAAAAAAAAGUACUGAGGUCAAAAGUGAUUUUAAAGAAACACAAAAAUGAAGAAGGACCUAAAGAGCUCGCAUGAAAUAUUCAGAAGAUAUUAGCCUAGGAGAUAAACCAUAAAAGAAAAUUUUAAUAUAUUAAGUUAUAAUUGGAAUAUGUCGAAAAAGUUUCCUUUUUUAUGUUCCUCCUGCCUUUUUUUAAAAAAAGUAGAAAACCAGUUUUAGCUUGUGUCUAUUUUUUAUUAAAGAAAACCAUACCCUCCUUGAAGACUAUAUAGAAAAUUAUAUACAUUACUUUUUUGAACACAUUCUGCUAUGAAUUAUUUAUAUAAGCCAAAGCUGUAUGGGUUGGGGGGGGGGGGGUUAGCGUUUUUGUAGAGUAGAGUUCUACAUUUUUUUUAAAUCUUCUUUGUUUGUUUGUUUUCAGGAGAGGAAGGCAAAAAAACCUUGCAGGCAGAACCUUGGGGAAAAAUAAGCCAUGAAUAAUUAUUCUAUAUGUAAAUUAAAAGUUGAGCCAAACUUUGUGUAUAUAGCAUCUAAAUAUAUUAUCACCUUUUGGUGUAAGUACCUAUCUAUGUAUUGUACGUUCACCAGAUUUAAAAAGUAUAUUUUUGUGGAUUGACGCCAACUUGAAGAAAAAAAAAACAGAAAAGGCGAGGUCCUUAUUAAGUAGAGUAUUCACUGUUUAAUAUUUACUAUUUUGUUCAAUAUACUGUACUUCCUUUGGAUUUUAAGUAACAUUACUUUGGAUUCUUUGCAGAGGGGUUUUUAAAAAGGGGUUGUUCCCCCCUCCCCCUCACUGGUGGUGAAUGUGUGCUGUUAAACUGUACUCCUUUUUGUGCUGUAUGGUAAAGCUUCAUUAUACAUUUUAUAAAUAUAUAUAUAUACAUA